CUCUUCCAGGCCCGGGUGGAGGACGGAGUCAUCGGCUAAGACCUCGCAGCGCUACCGAGAGACAAAGCCAUCCUGGACAUAGAGAGGCCGGACCUGAUGAUCUACCAGCCCCACACUAUGCUACAGCGAGCUGGAGAGGUCCUUGUCUCCUCGCUCCAUCUCUCCUCCUCCCUCCCCAGAGAGGGAGUCAAGGGAGUGGCUGGAGAACCGGUCUCCUGGAGGUUCCUCCCCUGGUUCCAGCAUCCAGACCAGCAGAACACACAGCACACACACACCAUCCACGCCAAACACCCCAAACACCCCGAGCACACAUUCCUCUGGUACCAAGAGCACCAUGCAGCACUUCCACAGACCCGCUCCUGUUCUGAAAAUGGCUCCAACAUUUAUAAGAAGCCUCCGAUCUACAAACAAGACAUGUCGUCCUCUCAGCUCCCUCAGGGGAAACACAUCGAGGAUCUGAUCAUCGAGUCUUCAAAGUUUCCAGCAGCUCAGCCUCCGGACCCGAACCAGCCCUCCAAGAUAGAGACCGACUACUGGCCCUGCCCCCCGUCGCUGGCUGUGAUUGAGAAGGAGUGGAGGAAGGAUCAGGGGGAUGAAGAUGAGGAGGAGGAGCUUGAUGACGAGCUGUGGGGACUCCGCCUGCUCCAGAAACAAGAACUCAACAAGAUCCAGUCCAACCUGGGGAAAAUCAUCCUGAAGGAGGAGCUGCAGUCUGCCGGUCCAAUGAGGAGGAAGACCCGGUCUCUGCCGGACCGGAGCCAGCACGGGUCCAACGCCUUGAAGUCUGUUUAUUUCCCAGCAUCUUCUAAGACCGGCCUGAGCAGGGUGAGUGCUACUGAAAGGCAACGUCCAAUCACAGCAGAGUUUAGUGACGAAGAUGAUGAUGACGAUGACAGUGAUGACAGUGAUGAUGAUGAUGAUGGUGAUGAUUACUCGAGUAUUCCAUGUUCUUCUUUCACUAAUAACUAUAUAAUAAUAUUCUAUAACUUUUCUUUGUUCUCUCUUGCUGCAGAUCUUCAGAAUGGAGACUCCAGGAUGGACAGAGGAAACUCUCUACCCAGCAUGUUGGAACACAAAAUUUACCCCUAUGAGAUGUUGGUGGUGACCCACAGAGGACGGAGCAAACUGCCCCCCGGGGUGGACAGAACCAGGCUGGAGAGACACCUGUCUCAGGAGGAGUUCUUCAGCGUGUUCGGGAUGUCCAUCGAGGAGUUCAGUCGCCUUUCUGUCUGGAAGAGAAACGAUCUGAAGAAGAAGGUCUGCCUCUUCUGACACACAUCCUCUGCGGACUGCAUCUCCCACAAUCCCCUGCUCUUCCUGGAUCACUGCAGGAUCCUAAAACCCUCACAGACUCUGAACAAAACAUCAUUAUCAAGCACCAACACCACCAACACCACCAACACCACCACAGGAGCUCACCGUCAGUGACGCCUCAGACUUCAGAGUGAGUUCAGAGUUCUGCUGUCAGCUUCAGUUUGUAGUUUUCUGUGGAUUCAUAACAAAAUACUGAGUGAGACAAACAACCUUUGACCUGGAAGUGAAGAGUCAUCACACCAGAAUAUUUAGCAAGUUCUCCACAUUAUCUAAUGUGAGCCAGUUAGCAUUCGGAUCCAACAUUCAACUUUUACAUAAACACUGCAAAUGUUGACACAUGCAAAGGAACAUUAGCAGUGGGAGAGUUCGUGUUAUCUGAAGGCGGUUUAACGAGGUACUGAUCCAGAGUCAGCUGAGUGUAGGCACAAGCUGAACCAACCAACCUGCUGUGGACCGAGGCAGCGACAGAACAGAUUCUACACAAGAACAUCAAAAUCAGUCCAAGUGUUUGAUUUCAAACUGAAGAAGGAUACUUACAUAUACUGUAUGUGAGUAUCACAUCACCUGUGGGUCGUUAAGAACACCUGGGGGUCGUUAAGAACACCUGGGGGUCGUUAAGGUCACUUGGGGGUCGUUAAGGUCACCUGGGGGUCGUUAAGGUCAUCGUUAAGAGUCUUAACAACUGGUCCUCUUGUCUGCUUUGAUCCCUGUCUACACUGACUCUGGAUCAGAACCUCGUACUGCCAAAUCAACAACACAAACUGUCCCACAUCCAGGUUCAUACGAGUCUGCUCUGCUGGAGUUUGCCUCCAGUUAGCAACUAAGCUACCUAGCUGUCUUGCUACUAGCCAGCAAACCAGAAUUUAAACUAGCUCACCAGCCAUUAGCUCAUCAGCAGCUAAGCUACUGUACCGAGCAGGUCCUGGUGUGACCCAAAAAGAGCAGCGACGUGCAGACGUUUAGGUCUCAUUUGUUUGGUUGUAGUGGUGGCAUUCUGGGAAAUGAAGUUCUCACUGGAAGUUAUAUGUUAAUCCCACUAACUUUAGCAUCAAAGUGUCUCAUACACAUUAAAGUUCACACCUCCUGUAGGCUGACAUGAGAAAACAUUGAACAACAUUCCUGCUGACCCUGAGUCAGAUUUCAAAUACAGAUUCAAUGCUAACCUGCGAGCGAUCCUUCAAAAGGAUCGUUUCUAUUGGCUUAGCCAGCUGAUGAUGUCAUGAUGACGGUAUUCCUUUCCCAGCAAGAAGAACAAGGAGGCGGUUUGAUCGACUCCUUGUUCGUCUUUAUAAUACAGCAAAAGGCACUGCCCUGUUUAACCUUAGUACACCACACACACACACACACAGUGAAAACAUUUGAACCCGAGCUGGACCGAGCUGGACCGAGCUGGACCGAGCUCCGGUUUGUCCAAUCAGCAGGUUGUAUUUAGACAUUUAGCGUCGGCUAGUGUUGCUUAGUGACCAAAUGAUGUGCAGCUAUUUUUUAACCUAACUAGACAAAGUGGCAUGUUUGUUAUUAAAUAUAAAAUAAGAUAAAAAAAGUGAAUCAGUUCAUGAGGACGCAAGGAGGACUGAGGAAUCAUGGGAAAUAACACUGGAACACACUUCAGGACGUCUGUUUGACUUUAGCACACAUACUUAUAUAUAUAUCCAUCUUCAUCAUAUCUGAUCUCCACAUACAUGGAUAAGUUCAACCUGUGAACAUCUAAAGUGCUAAACAAGCUGAUUGAAGCUGCAUUAAUACACAUAUUGCAGUAUAAUGAUUGUAAACAUAAUGGCUGACAGCCGAGCUGAGUCCGCUCAGUUCGCGUAGUCAGACUCGAGAGUUUACGUCGUUGUGUUUUUGUGUUAAAGUGAAUUAAUGAAGGUCACAAUCAUUCACUCUCACUGCAAACGGCAAAAUCAAAAAAUCAUCACACGCCGCCGUGUCUGCCUCGCCACCACACGCUUCCUGUACCUGUCAAAAUAAAAGACUGGAACAAGAAAAAAACAAAAACAAAAAAACUGUUGAAGAUUUGUGGAGCGAUCUGAGCAUUGGUCACUUUAUGUUGAUUUUCUUUAUUAUUCUUUUGUUGUUUUGAUUCUGAUACUGAGAGCAUUACGCUUUGUUCUGAUUGGUUGUGUGUAGUUAGAAACAGGAAGUGGGUUGCUGUGACUAACACCAUGAUGACACAAAGAUUGUUCCACGUUUUUCUUUUUGUAUAUUUUAAAGUGUGUUUUUUUAUUGAUUCGAUUAUUUUAACACGCAGGGCGACUUCACGAGGCGCGUCACCGCCAACUACUGCAAGCAUGAUGUCACAUUUUUAAUUUAACCUUUAAUGAAGUAGAUUUAUAUAUAACGAUGCUGGCAGUAACAGAUCUCUGGCUCAGGUAAACGACAGACAGGAAAUAAACUGAUGUUUCUUUGGACACACAGAGGUCAGAGGUCAGACUGAGGUCAGACUGAGGUCAGACUGAGGUCAGAGGUCAGGCUUGUUUGCGAUGACUUGUCCAUCUGAAGUCGUCCUGCUGCUGUACAGAACUGAACCUCUGAAUGACAAAAUGAUUCUUGUUGUUGUUGUUUUCAUAUUUGGAUCCAGGUGACGUAACAGAUGAAUGGAGAUGUGAACGAAUAACCAUGAGUUACAAUAAAGAGCAUUUCUAUUCGCUUUGA